AUGUCAGCCACGUUCCCCGGUUUGGUCCAUGAUGCCGAGAUACGUCAUGACGGGUCCAACAGUUACCGUCUGAUGCAGCUAGGUUGCCUUGAGAGCGUCGCCAACUCCUCGGUGGCUUACAGCUCGUCCUCGCCGCUCACAGCCUACCCCGCGGCGGCUACAGAGUUUGCUUCGCCCUACUUCUCCACCAACCACCAGUACACCCCCCUGCACCACCAGUCCUUCCACUAUGACUUCCAGCACUCCCACCCAGCCGUGGGCCCAGAGGCGUACGGCCUCAACUCUCUCCACUCCGGGCAGUACUACCAGCAGAUUCACCACGCGACCCACGGAGACACAGACUUCAUCAACCUGCACAGCGCCCGUGCACUUAAGUCCUCGUGCCUGGACGAGCAGCAGCGGCGCGAGCUGGGCUGCCUGGACGCCUACCGGCGCCAUGACCUGUCUUUGAUGACGUCACACGGUGGGCAGUAUGGCAUGCACCACGACCAGAGGCUGCUGCCUGCAGCCGGUCUGGGGCUCCCUCCCCCCGGGGCGGACGACCUGCAGGGCUCCGUGGAGGCGCAGUGCGGGCUUGUGCUCAAUGGCCAAGGCGGCAUCAUCCGAAGAGGAGGAACCUGUGUGGUGAACCCUACAGAUCUGUUCUGCUCUGUCCCCGGCCGUCUGUCCCUCCUGAGCUCAACCUCUAAAUAUAAAGUCACCAUCGCUGAGGUGAAGAGACGCCUCUCGCCUCCAGAGUGUCUCAACGCCUCACUUCUGGGAGGAAUAUUGCGCAGAGCUAAGUCUAAGAAUGGUGGUCGUUGUCUGAGGGAAAAGUUAGAUCGACUGGGACUCAACCUGCCAGCUGGACGGAGAAAAGCUGCCAACGUUACACUCCUCACCUCUCUGGUGGAAGGUGAGGCGCUCCACCUGGCUAGAGACUUUGGUUAUACAUGUGAGACAGAGUUUCCUACCAAGGCAGCAGGAGAACACCUAGCCAGACAACACAAUGAACCCAAGGAGACCAGUGGGCGCAAGAAGAUGGUGCUGGCCACCAAGCAGAUCUGUAAAGAGUUCCAGGACCUGUUGAGUCAGGACCGUUCUCCUCUUGGCUCCUCCAGACCCACACCUAUACUGGACCUGGAUAUACAGAGACACCUCACACACUUCAGUCUGAUCACCCAUGGAUUCGGGACUCCGGCAGUGUGCGCGGCUCUCAGCACCUUCCAGACCGUUCUUAGUGAGAUGCUCAACUUCCUGGAUAAACAUUCUGCAGCCGGGAACCCUGGGAAAACCUCUGGUCAGGAGACUGAAAAGACCGGAACUGUCCGGAAAACCAGCGAGCUGCUCAAUAAAGACGGCAAAGCUGAAAAGACAGAGUAGCCCUUUUCCUGUGCUGUGCAGUGUAUGUGCCUGUGUUUGUCAGGGUUGGAUCCCUGGGAGGAGGAGCUAAUCUCUGUGGAGACUGACAGAGACAUUUAUUCAUUCUGAACAACAGGAAGUAGAGAUAGGGACUUCUGGUCAGCGCCAUCUGGGAGUCAACGGGAGAGGAGCGGGGUACACAUGUACACACACAUACGCACACAUACACACAGAACGUUCUCCCUCCAGUCUCCACCUGAACAGUGCAAUUAAUGCCAUUAUGUUGUUUAACGUUUUAGAACCAAGAGACUGGGGUCUGGGUUCACUAUGUUGGUGAGAGUGUCAGACUGGGUUCACUAUGUUGGUGAGAGUGUGAGACUGGGUUCACUAUGUUGGUGAGAGUGUGAGACUGGGUUCACUAUGUUGGUGAGAGUGUGAGACUGGGUUCACUAUGUUGGUGAGAGUGUGAGACUGGGUUCACUAUGUUGGUGAGAGUGUGAGACUGGGUUCACUAUGUUGGUGAGAGUGUGAGACUGGGUUUACUAUGUUGGUGAGAGUGUGAGACUGGGUUCACUAUGUUGGUGAGAGUGUGUGUGUGUGUUCAUGUGCCUGUGCUUGUGUGUGUGCCUGUGUGUGCGUGCGUGUGUGUGAGUCCAGAUUUCUGAGACUCUGCCAUUUUGUAAAGGUGACUAUUCAGUUGCCAUGGAAACAUUUUGUUCUGCAUGUCUAUCUUUGUACACUCCCCAGAACUACAAUUAUGAUACAAGCUCUUUGACCCUUCAUAAACAUUUGUAUAGAUAUAUAUAUAAAUAUUUAAAU